AAAUGAGUAGAGAAGAAAGUUUUGUGACGAGAGUGCUCAAGAGUUGAGAUAUGUACAAGAAACUCCCAAAUGAUUUAUAUGAAGAGACAAGGUCAAAUAACACUUCUAGAGUGAUAAUUAUUUUCAUAAUUGUCAUUCUAUGUUUCUCUGAGCUAUCUAUGUACUUGAAUCCAGAAUUUGCGUCAGAUUUGCAAAUAUAGAAGAUGUAAUAGGCUCUCACAGCAUCGAUCUAGAAGGAACUCUUAAGAAAAGGGUUCUGGAUAAGGAUGGGAAAGUGCUUGAGGUAAUUGAUCCAAACAACAGAGAUCAUGACACAGAAACAGUUGUUAGGAAAACAAUAGAGGAUAUGGAUAUGAACAAAGGCUGCAAUCUCAAGGGAACUCUCAUUGUCAACAAGAUUAAUGGAAAUUUCCACAUCUCUUCUCAUGCUUAUGGGGAAGCAGUGAGAAUGUUAAUAGCCAAAAAGAGGCUUUUAGAUUUUGAGCAUCAAAUUAAUCAUCUCAGCUUUGGUGCUGAAGAUCAUAUUUCAAAAAUAACGCAGCUUACUGGAGGGUACAACUUAUCCCCUUUGGAUAAGGUAGGGGAAUCAAUUCAUCCAACGAACAAAGCAGGCCACAUGCAUCAUACCCAUACGGUGUACUACUUGGAUAUAAUGGCUACGAAAUACUAUAUCGGAGCUGAAGAUGAGUAUUCUGCUCAUGAAUAUACCUUUUCAAUGCAGACAAAGAAUACACAUGGAUUUCCAGCAAUAUUUUUUAAAUUCGAACUCUCUCCGUUGUUCAUCAAUUACAGAGUAACAGAGAAUGCCUUCAUAAUUUUCUUCAUUAGAUGUUGAGCCAUUAUUGGAGGUGUUCACACAAUUUCAGGAAUAUUCAAAAUUUUGAGGUCUAAUUCCCAAAAAUCGAAAGAGAAAAGCUACAGGAAGGCUUACAAUAACAUAGAGGACACCUCACUCGAUUCUAGUGUUACCUAAUGACCUCUAUGACAGUUAAUUUUUCGAGAAAGUUCUUUAUAUUUAUGU